AACAACAGAUCUUGUGGAGUGUUCCCGGUAUGCAGUGUUAGUACCCAUCAAAAGUGGUCCAAGGAAGAACAACUGGUGAACCAGCAACAGGGUCAUGGGCGGCCAAGGCUCACUGAUGCAUGUAGGGAGUGAAGGCUAGCCCGUCUGGUCCGAUUUCACAGAAGAGCUAUUGUAGCACAAAUUGCUGAAAAAGUUAAUGCUGGCUAUGAUAGAAAGGUGUCACACAUUACAGCUUGCUGUGUUUGUGGCUGUGUAGCGGCAGAUCACUGCUGACCUCUGUCCACCACUGAAAGCUCCUACAAUGGGCACAUGAGCAUCAGAACUGGACCAUGGAGCAAUGAAGAAGGUGGCCUUGUCUGAUGAAUCACGUUUUCUUUUACAUCAUGUGGAUGGCCGGGUGCGUGUGUGUUGCUUACCUGGGGAAGAGAUGGCAGCAGGAUGCACUAUGGGAAGAAAUAUCACCAAUUUGUAACUGUCACAGGCUCCAGUAGACCUGCACCCGACUCUGAGACAUUCUGCUGACCACCAGUUCUCGGAGACCAGCUUUCUUUAUAGCCGUCUACACACGCCAACAUCAAGACUCUAUGCAUAAAAGAUGGCACUGUAUGUAGUGGUUGCUGUGGCCCUGCUUGGCUCCUGUUGGGCAGCUCCUCCAGUUGAUUCUGAUCCUGCGAAUUAUGAUGUGGAUUUGGACAUGUGGGACCUAAACGACUAUGGAGAAACCUAUGAGUAUGAGGACUUGGAUGAGGAAGUUGGGAAUGCAGGGAUUUCGUUUGAAGUCGGGACUAUGGCUCCUCCUGCAGCCAUUACUCAUCUACCUCCUGCAGUUAUUCCUGAAGACAAAACAGAGGAAGUGACACUUUUACCACAGACCACCAAGCCCACAGUCCAUCCUACUCUGGACUUCAAGGGCCCUGGACUUUUUGGUCCUGACACUGGCCUGGGGAUGCCCACCUGCCUGCUGUGUGUGUGCCUCAGUGGCAGUGUGUAUUGUGACGAUGCUGAUUUGAUCGAGAUCCCCCCUCUGCCCAAAGGCACCACAUACUUUUAUGCCCGCUUUAACAAAAUUACUGCAGUCAAAGCAAAGGACUUUCUUAACCUGAAUCAGUUAAAACGAAUUGACCUAACAGGGAAUCAAAUCUCCGAGUUGGAUGAGGACACCUUCCACACUCUCCCACAGCUCCAGGACCUAUUUUUAGCUGACAACAGAAUCCCGUCUCUGCCUGAGCUUCCAACCACUAUGAGGCACAUCGAUGUUCGCAAUAACCAUCUCACGAGUGCCGGCAUUCACAGAGAAGGCUUUAAGGAAAUGAAAGACUUGCAGUUCCUGUACCUGUCAGACAAUCAACUGGACUACAUUCCUGUUCCGCUUCCUGAUAGACUACGAGUGCUUCACCUGCAGAACAACAACAUCCAGAGCUUGAAUGAAGACACAUUCUGCAACAGUCACGACCUAAGCUACGUACGCAAGGCUCUGGAAGACAUUAGAUUGGAUGGCAACCCAGUGGAUGUGAACCAGUAUGCUCAGGCUUAUGUCUGCCUGCCAAGAGUGCCUGUGGGAAACUCACACUGAGUAUUAGGAGGGCAUAUGGCUAUUCGAAUGGUUCUGCUUCAGUAGAUUCAGGUAUUAGGAGAGUCACUGUAUUAGAUAAUAUAGCACAUGUAAGUCUUGGCACUAACUGACCAAUCUUUUAUUCAAAUGGCCACUCAAAAUGGACAAAGUAUGUAUAGAAAAUACUUUGUUUUUUUAGACUAUUUACAUUAUUUUCUUUUGCUCAUUUAUUUAAAAAAAAAAAAGAAAGAAAAAAAAGCUGAGCUCCUUAAGUAUCCUUUAGUAAUCGACCUGAUGUCUUGAAAUAACUUACCUGAACCCAAUCUUCCUUAUGCCAUUUUUGGUCACAUGAUAUGUCUGAAUUAAUUGAAUUGCUGCUGAACACUUAAAAUUAGAAAAUUUAAAUAUUUUUUCUUUGGUCUGAAAUUGCAUUUUCAUUUUUGUUUAAAUGUCUAACAUUUAUGGUCUAGAGGUUAAACUGUGAUACGACCAUAAAUGUUACAAAAACAUGUUCUAACAGAAACAUAAAUGUUACAGAAAAAUGUUACUCAUCCUAGAGUCUAGGAUGAGUGUGUUAAUAAAGCUUCAGUUUCUACCUCAGAA